CACCGCGGAGGCCGAUUCGCCACGGUCACGUCCGCGGCCGCCCGCGGUUCGGUGGCAGCAACCCGUGGGGUUCCCCUCGGCCGCUCGCCCGCAACUCACUGGCGGCGCCUGCUCGCCCCUAAGAGCUCUGCUCUCGGCGAGCGCCGUGGCCGGGCCGCGUUGUUGCGCUCACGCGAAUCGGCGCCGCUCCGAUCGGCGCUCAGCUGCGCGGGACUCGACUUGUGGGCUGAAGGCAGCGAGCGCCAGGAGAGGAACUGAGAACAGCGCCGCGAGAGACGAGGGGGAGAUAGUCACCCAGAGCCGCCCACACCGUGAGAGACGAGACGGAGAGUCAACCACGCCGUGAGAGACAGGGAAGAGUCACCCACACAGUGAGAGUCAACCACCCCGUGAGGGAGGAGUCGCCCCUGAGUCUCAAUACCAGGAGAGCGCCUGUCUCACUACAGGGUCAACGCCACGAUAGUCAACCCCGAGGUUCUGAGAAGAGUUGUCUCAGUAGUGAACCACGUGGAUACCGAAUGUCCAGGAAUGAGCAAUCAGCAGCAGUUUGCAGAUAGAGGUGAGCAAGAGGAAUGCCAUGACGAGGCAGCGUGUGGCUUCAUAGUGACGCACCACCACCACCACCACCAGGCAGCCUCCACGGAGGACGAUGCAGGUAACAUGGAGGAGGGAUUGGACACUAAGUCCUUCGAUAGAGGCACUGGUCGUCUUGAGAAGCCUCGUGUGGGUGGGAUGAAAGAUAACGUGGCAAACAGAGACACAGAGCCUGCUGGCAGCGCUGACCUUGCUGUGCCUGCUGCCGCUUCUACUACUACUGGUGGUCGUGAUGGUGUUCCUUCUACUGAAAUUGCUCCAUCCAUUUCUACUGCCUGUGUGAAUACAGACACUCCCACUUCUGAGGAGUCAAACAUGGACACAGAGCCUAAGCAAGAGAAGACUGAAAGUGUUGGAUUACAGAGUGGGCCCAUUAAAAAAUGUGAGAACUUAGGCCGUGCGGGUGAUGAGAAUGAUGUGGGGUUACCUGGGCUGACUGCCUCGUUGCAGGGUCUUUCGCCCGGCUCGUUUGGUAGCGAUGAUCAGGAGGAGUUACCUUUGAACCUUGCGGUUAACGUGGAGACUUGUCAUCCUGUUGCCCAGCAGAGGAUGUGUGAGAUUAACAACGCACAACGGGAUGAGGAAUACAACACUGAAAAUGUGGACCACGUCUCAACUCCAAAUACUUGUGGGAAAGAGGCAGUAGAUCAGUCAAUUGAUACAGCCUUUCAAUCCAAGUCACGCAAUACUAGGUGUAGUUUAAAACUUGAUUUGAAUAAUGUAACUAAUUUACAUGAAUCUCAGAGUAUAGCAUCUGUUGAAUGUGAUAAACUGAAGGAGGUAGAUUUGCACAAUGUAAGUUACCAGUUGAAAUGCCCCGAAGGUGUGGAUCACGACAGAUUAAAUCACAACAUGGAUACAACAGCUGUGGCAACAUCCGAAGGUGUGGAUUGUAGUGUGCAUCCCAUUGAACAUGAGGGAAACACUAGACAAAUCUUAGAGCCCACAGUGCACAUUGACAAGGACAAAGGCAAUGCACGAUCCUUUGCAAAUGCAACAAAGGGACAUAACACAACAUCUGAAGAAGCUACAGUUGCAUUGGAGAUCAACCGUGGCGUUAAACAUUCACAAACAGCACAAGAUGUUUUGCAAGACAGGACAGGGCACACAGCUGAUAACGCGCACAAAGUCAAGGAAUCUGCGUCGUUAGGGCAGGCGCCUCUCCAGCCGACGUAUGACUCGACAGAUGUGGCCGUUGCAGACAGCAGUGCAGAGAGGCAGGACCUAGGCAGCGUAGUUUGCGCAGGCGAAGACGUGGCAAAAUGGAUCAGCCCCGCCAGUCGGAGACUGCGAAUUAACCCCUUUAAUAACAUCCCCGAAGCCGAGCUCAACCUGGAGAUCUGUGAAAAUCACUUUGGAGAAUCUGGUCAUGGCCCCUCGAGUGGCGUGCCGGGCACCCGUCAGCAGCACAUCUUCCCAGAGGUGUACGUGUGCAGUAAGGGAGGGGCGGCGGUGGCCGGUGCCGCGCCCGCGAACACGCCCAGGGGGAUGUGGCGCAUGCAGGAUAGCCGCAGCCUGGACGGCAUCAGCCAGCUGUACGUGCUCGGGGGGGCUCGGCCCAAGGAAGGGGGGCGGCCCGACGGGCGCCGUGCCACUAUAUCCAGCGCGCUAGAGCUGGAAGGAACCGUGACGCACGAGGGAGAGUUGACCCACUUUGUGGCCGAUGACCUCCUGCAGAAGAUCAAAUUGAGCUCGAGCAGAAACCUCGAUGAUGAGGCCGGUGGCGCCGUGUCGCGGGGCUUCCUCACGCGGCGCGACAUCCCUCCCGUGGACCCCGCCGUGCUGGCCGACCUGGAGGCCCAGGCCCGCGACCUGGCCUCCAAUGUGGACCGCAUGAUGAAGUCCCUCAACACCACCAUCCAGAACAUGACAGCACUUAGCGUGGGCUACAUACAGACGUAUCGUGAUUCGGUGGACAGUUUGGGAGAGUCUGUUGACCUCAGCAUCAAGGCCAUGUACACACUGAUGGCGCGCACCGAGGAGCUGGACAAGGGCAUGCAGCCCGUGCACGGCCUCGCCAAGCAGAUCAAAGAUGUGAAGCGGCUGUUGGAUCACCUGGAGAACCUGUGCAAGUGACGGAGGCGCCGAUUUCUCAGCUGCCGGCCCUUGUCCUUUCUCCCCUCCUGCGCCCCAGCCGAUGGCCUUCCCCAUUCUUUUAAAAAGACUUAUUCAUUCUGGUAAUAGCUGCAUUCAGUACGUCAAAAGAAGCCUGGGUUUGUUUAGUUUAUGGCUUACAUUUUUGUUUGGCAUUUUGAAUUUGUCGGUGACUUCAUCGAGUGUAGUGCUUUUGUUUAGUGUUUUACCGAACGCAGCAUUGUUCUGUUAAUGCAUUAGCGGUGGUCAGAUAUCAAUCAUUGGACUACACGGCUAUCCAUGUUUUUGACUGUUUUUGGGAUUGUCUGUAAAUUUAUUUUUCUAUCGGUGAACAUCGUACGUGUUUAUUAUCUUGCAAAUUAAAUUCUAACAUUAUU